GCCGCUCGGUGACUGAGAGUCCCCCGCAGCCGCUCGGGAGCUGAGCGUCCCCGCAGCCGCUCGCUCUCCCGGGGAGCUUUGUGUUUCUGUCAGCGACAAGAUGACAAUUCAUAUUUCUACCAAAUGAUUCAGUGACUCAUCCUAUUAACUCUGCUGGAAUACACGCUCCCAGUCGUCCUGCCACGGUUUCCCAGAUGUUUUACUGCUUCUCCUUGUCUCAUCUGGGUUUAAAUUACGACUGGAAGUCUCUCCACAUUUGACAUUCCUGCCUUUGGAACUUAUGCCAGCUGCAGUUCUAAACCAACCAAUACCACAAUGACUGAGGACUUGGACCACAGAUUCAGUUAUCUCACCUGGGAUCAGAUUAAAAUCCUGGAUCAGGUUUUGACUGAGGCUAUACCUAUUCAUGGGAGAGGAAAUUUUCCAACCCUGGAGGUAAAGCCUAAGGAUAUAAUCCAUAUGGUAAAGGAGCAGCUCAUUGAGAAGCAGAUCCAUGUCAGGGACAUCCGCCUGAACGGUUCCACUGCCAGUCACAUCCUGGUGAAGCACAAUGGCACCAGUUACAAGGACCUGGACAUCAUUUUUGGAGUGGAACUUCUCAGUGAGCUCGAGUUCCAGGUGGUAAAGGAAGCGGUUCUCAAUUGCCUAUUGGACUUCUUGCCAAAAUGCGUUAACAAGCAAAAAAUCACGGCUCAGACCAUGAAAGAUGCCUACGUGCAGAAGAUGGUCAAAGUCUCCACCGACCACGACCGCUGGAGCCUCAUCUCCCUGUCCAACAACAGCGGCAAGAACGUGGAGCUGAAGUUCGUCAGCUCGCUGCGGCGGCAGUUCGAGUUCAGCGUGGACUCCUUCCAGAUCAUCCUGGACUCCAUCCUGGCCGUCUACAGAGCCUCAGACCGGCCCCUGACGCAGGACUGCCACCCCGCCGUCAUCGCCGAGAGCAUGUACGGGGACUUCAGCCAGGCCAUGGACCACCUGAAGUACAAACUGAUCUCCACCCGCAACCCGGAGGAGAUCCGGGGAGGCGGCCUCCUCAAGUACAGCAACCUCCUGGUGCGUGACUUUAAGCCGGCGGAUGAGGCUGAAAUUAAAUCUCUGGAACGUUACAUGUGCUCCAGGUUCUUCAUUGAUUUUCCCGACGUUGCCGAGCAGCAGAGGAAAAUCGAGUCCUACCUGCGCAACCACUUCAUCGGGGAGGAGAAGAGCAAGUACGACUACUUGAUGACCCUGCGUGGGGUGGUGAACAAGAGCACAGUCUGCCUGAUGGGGCACGAGCGAAGACAAACCCUCAACAUGAUCACAAUCCUGGCUUUAAAAGUGCUCGGAGAACAGAACAUCAUCCCCAACGCGGCCAAUGUCACGUGCUACUAUCAGCCUGCUCCCUAUAUCAGUGACAGAAACUUCAGCAGCUACUACAUUGCCCAUGGACAACCCCCUGUGUUCUACCAGCCGUACCCUUUCCACAUACAGCUACAGAGCGGGAUGGUGUAGGAGCACUCCAGCCUCCAAGCACUCACCACUCCUCCCUUUCCAGUUCUCUCCUUAAUAAAGGCCUCAUUAAAGCGAGUUUUAUCAGCACUUUUGAGUUAAGGACAUAUUUUUGUGCAAGUUGCCAAAGUUGUUUGGUUGGUCAAUGUCUAACUCACCAUUAAGCAGGUGAAAUAAGUGAAGCGUCUGUCAUUCGUGAAGUGUUUAUACCUUGAUGUGUGUUUGGGCUGUAUUUUUUUGCAAUGAAAAGAGAAGGAUAUAAAUUAUUCUAAUUUUGUAAAAAUGAAAUGCACUAAGUUCUGGGUUCUAAAAAAAAAUUCUUAAGAAAAAUGUAAAUGGUGUCAAUGAAAACUGAAGCCAAUUAAAUACCUCUCUGUAGAAAUGCCUGAUGUUAGAAGGGACAGUGCUCUGGGUAUGUCAAAGUCAAUCAUCCCUUGGUUUUAUCCAUGCAGUUCCAGCAACUUUUAUUUGCAGCACCUUUGAAACCACACAUUGCUGGGUCAUCUCUUGGUGGCUGAUUGUUCCUCAGGUCAGUCAGAAACUCGGGGUCACUCCCCUCUCCACAGAACUGGUUUGUGCUGGUGAGCAGGGAAUGCCCCUGCCAAGAGCAGACUCAGCAUUUUGUGUAUCUGAAAUUUCCACUGAUCCCAGGGAAAGAUUUGGCUGCUCAAGUCAGGCAGCAUCAGAGCCCAGGAUCUGCCUCACAGAUAACAAAAGCUGUAAGGGGUACAACUAUUCUGAUUAAAUUGGUUUUGAAAACCAAGGCAAGAGGAUGAGAAAGGAGGUGAAAAUUGAGCAGAAUGGGCUCACUUUCUAUCACUAAUUUGUUAUUGAUCACAGCUGCUUUAAUGCACAACAAACAGAGUCAGGAAAAAACUCCAAAAGCCCAGGACUGGCGCUAUUUUUGGGUGAAUUUUAAAAAAUCCUUGGCAGUGGCAUUUGAAAAACUCUUUUGUACUGGUAAAGUCCUGUCUGUGUUUAGAUACCUGCACACAUCCACCGGUAGCAAACAAGGAUUUACGAUCAGGAAGCAAAACAUGAAUUAUACAUUUUUGUGUGUGUGAGUGUUUACCAAAGAUAAGUUUUAAACAUGUCACAUAAGUGCCUCCCUGUGCCAGUUGCUCCAUGAAAUGCUGGAAAUGGUGCCAGAGAGUUCCUAAAUUAUGGAAAGGGAAACAUGGAAAGGGAAACACACCCUGGCGUUGCAGAGUGGUUGUAGCAGUGACGGGCAGAGGGUUUCUCCAGGAUGAGCAGGUUUGGGACAGAUGGAUCUAAAAACCAAACCAAACUUGGGAAAAGGAAUAUGGAACAAGGACUAGUGGGAAAAGGAGGUUUGGAAGGGGUGUGGGUGUAAAAUGGGAACAGCCAACUGGAAAUGCAAGCUGUAGAGUUUCUUACAUUGACUUUGUGUGUCGCUGUGUUGUCCCUGUCACUGUUCAUCCUCAUCUCCUCGGCUCCAGAGCAGUGGCUGCAUUGCAUCCAUUUCCAACAGGUGUCAGGCCUUGGGAAUUUCUUCUACUUGGGCACAGGAGUUUGAUUUAUUUUACAGAGAAAUGUGGUCUAUAAAUGUGCUGUUUUGAAUCAAACAUUUCUAAAUUUUCUAAGGUCUGUGAAGUCUGAUUGCCAGUGAAAUGUAGCUUCCCUUUCCCCCAUUAUAUUCCUGUACAUUUGAACAAAGAAUUGUUCAAAGACCAUAAUCACUAAAGUCGACUUUUUUCUGUAAAAUACAGUGCAAAAAAUUGGUAUUUCUACAAAAUAAGGUUUUGCUGAUGAAUCUGAUUAAUUUUGUGAUGUCUUUCAUGAAUAGAGUACUGUUACUUUUGCUGAUUUUUCAGGUAUGUAUAAUUUGGUGUCUGAAAGCACACUUUAUUCCGCUUCCACUAAGAUAUUUCUGUUGGUUAAACUAUAAUUAAUAAAACCAUCAAUUCUAAUUGCUCUGUGAUCAGCUGUGGUAGCACCAUGUUUGCAUGAAAGCACUUCUAGGGAAUUCCCCCUGUCAGGAGCAAAAUGGAGUGAGACAUGGUGGAUUCCUUUAAUUUCUGUUUUAAUUGAGCUGUCAGGAUGACAAAGGGAACCUUUCCAUUUCGUUUGGUGUUUGCCAUGUUAAAUAGCACUGUGAAAUUCUGUCAGAGCCUUACGUGGGUCACAUCCCUGCUACUGCUUGGGAUCUGCAGGGAUGAGGAGCUGAGAGCUGGGCUGGGCAAUCUGUGGGAAUCAGGCAUCCAAAUGCCUUAAAUUUCAGGGGGAAGGGGGCUCCUGAUCUCUUUAGAUUUGUUGGAAAGUCUCAGUCCAUCUGCACUGACCUGUGACCUUAAUGUAGUGUUGCCACAUUGAUUUAUUACUGCUCCACUCCCUGGUGUCCGUGGUUGCUGGUUGGAAAAAUGGGUUGAUCUCCCCAAGAACCAGGGAACAGGUCAGGCAGGAAGGAGCAUUUUCAGCGUGUCUUGCAUGGCCAGUGAUCCAAAACCCAGAAAAAUUCUUCUCUAAGGUGUUCUCCAACCAACAAGUAGAAACAUGCAUUGGGUAAAGCACUAAAAUACUUUUAAAAUCAGAUAUUGUGGAAAUAUCAGGAGUGGUGAACUCGCUGUGGAUUUGUAUAAGCCAGCCUGUGCACUUGUGCAGAACUUUAUUUAGAUAUAUAUUGAAUUCUGUCACCUCUCUGUUGAUCCAGGUUAGGUAGGGAAGGGCUCAGCCAAAGUCCCUGGAGCUGGUGGGAAGAACCCCCCUGGCUGCAAUGGGCUUUGUACCCCAGGAAAGAGGAAAAACUUAGGGGAGCACCUACAGGCAAAGGUACAAAGACAUCAAUAUGCAAAAAUCUCUCAGGUAUAAAUAAACCCUUUAAAUUUAUGGAAAAAAGGUCUUAUAUUUCUUACCUAGAGGUAGUUCAGUUCUGAAGGUUGAGGUUGUGAUUUUGUAUA